UGGUGCGCACGGACGUCGCUGAGCGGGCAGGCAAAUGGCGGGCCCCGCUGCGGUCUAGAGCCGGCCUCUCGCCGAGGGUCCGCUGCUGGCGGGCCACGCCCAGUGGCGCUCUCCCGCGCUAAUCAGAUACUGUAAGGCUGGCUCCAUGCGCAGACGCUCUGUGCAGCUGUCCUGCUCUGUGCGCUCUGCACGCUCAGGGUGCGGUGGCGGCUUGGCGGCAUGUGCGGAGGCUGCACGCGGGACGUCUGGCAGUCGCCGAAGAGCUCCGCACCGCACGCCACGGCCGCGCCUGCUGGCGCUGUGGGAGCGGCGCGCCGCGGCAGUCGCCGAUGCAUAUCCGCCCCCUCUCGCUCCGACGUGCGCCACCCUUCGCUGCACUCGCAAGUGUUGCGUUCCGUGAGCUUUUGUGUGCCGGACGCCUCUCGGCGUGA